AUGGAAUCGACAGAAUGGCUUGUGAACGGGACAUGGAAACGCAAUGGUGGAGAUAUGAAAUUGGUCACUCCCAUUGGAAAGCACAGUUGCGCCACAAUGCUCACAUUGAUGUCAAUGCAGCAAUGGGAAAUGAAAUUUGUACUGGUUGUUUUAACCGUUUGGGCUGAAAUGUCGUUCACAUCCGUCAUCAAUGCGCAGUCAUCAUCAACUGUCUGGAACACAUCACCAAUCUUUGCAACAAUGGAACCGACGAAUACCGAGAUUAGUGAACCCAGUGGAACAACUGAAGGGGGAGAAAUGGUGAAACUUAGUACAGAAGGUUCCCAGAUAUUUACUAACCUAGCACCCACGGAUCAUGGGGCAACAACCCAAUCGACGGAAGCUUGGCUUACAGUAACAAAAUCGACCACCGGUCCACCAGCUGGUACUCAUCAUCACACAACUCAUUCGUCGUUGGGACCACAUGCGGUAUCAAGCGACUCAACGGAACGUCCCGCUACACACGGUUCGAUUUCAACAGAAUCGACCACCGGUCCACCAGCUGGUACUCAUCAUCAUACAUCAGAAAUGUCAAACGAGAUGACUCAAUUGACACGUUCUUCUCCCCCACCUUCAAUGUUUCUGACUGAAACGUUUACUGGGGGCACUCCAGCCACUGGUCUCAAUAACCCUUCUCUCUUUGGCUCCAGUGAGGCGGCGACGGCGGAAUUACAAUCAUUUCCGUCGGUCGUAACGAUUCACGACACGGCGCAAUAUAAAGUUAUCACAAAAAUAGCUGCCACGUGGGAUAAUGAUUUGGAAGAUUCCUCGAGUGAUAAAUUCAAAGCCUUGAGCACGAAGUUGUGUGAUCUGGUACUUUCACUCUUGAAACUAGGGAAUAACAAGGCUCUAAUGGCACCCACGUGUGAAGUAACUUCAUUCUUCCAAACAACUGCACGCCGAAAACGUGAAAUCAACCGAGAUAAACGUCAAGCCAGUACUGGUGUGUCGGGGAACACGAAGCUCUCGUUCACGGACGUCAGUGCGGCAGCAACGGAUGCAACUGCCUUAGAUACGGCGCUAACCACCGGAUACACUCAACUCCCACCUGAGAAGCAAUCCCAGUUAGCGGGUGAUUUUCAGGUUGCUCUGCACCCGGGCACAAUCGCGUUCAUUGUGAUCGGCAUACUGCUCAUUCUCGGUGUGGUCGCUAUGCUCAUCUAUUUUGGCAUUCGGUUUGCCCAAGGAUUACCCGUUUGCCCAUGUUCCGCCCCUUGA